AUGCUCGUAUACUUCUUACACGACUUCUCUUUGCAUAAAGAGGCAUCUGAGGAGAGUAAAGAGUUGGAGAGCGCCCGGAAGCUUUCAUCGAUGAGCCCGGCGAUGGACCUGACAGUCGAUCCAUGCGAGGACUUCUACGGCUUUGCCUGCGGCAACUGGGCGAGAGAGAACCCGGCGCCCGCCGGCAAGGACACGUGGGAUACUUUUACAAACUUGAAUCGAAAAAAUCAGCUUGUCUUGCGGGAUGCACUCGAUGAUUUGAUGAAGCGAGGCGGGAGUCUCGAUGGAAGUUCGGCGGAGGUGCAGGCUCUGCGCUAUUAUGCCUCCUGCAUGGACCAAGAUGGGAAGAUCGAGGAGCUCGGCGCCGCUCCUCUCUUGGAACUGAUCGAGGAACUCGGGGGAUGGAACGUUUCGUCGGAGAAUUUUCAGGCCAUGACGUGGGACUUCCAGCAGACCGUUCAGAAGAUGCACAAUCGAUUCAAUAUCGGUGGACUCUUCCAAUGGAAGAUUGAGGUAGGACUUCUCCUGCGAAAUGAAACAAGAGAAGAGGCAUCGAAAGAAGUACUUCUAUCGAUACGAACUCAGAUGAGAGAGGUGAUAGAAUUCGAGGUCUCCUUGGCCAGCAUAACAGUUCCCGAUGACGAGGGAUGGAAAGAAAAGAAACGAUACCCGAAGAUGCCUCUGAGAGAGCUUCAGUACUGCGCCCCAUUCGCGUACCUGAACGAAGCGUUCAGCCAAGUCGGGAAGCGCAUCGACGAGGACGAACCCGUCCUGGUCCUCGCCUUGGACUACCUCUCCCGCCUGUCGAAUCUGGCGAAGGCGCUGCUGGCAUCGACCGAGGGGAAAAUUGUGCUGGGAAACUACAUGAUGUGGCACGCCGUGAGGCCGACGAUCCCCUUCCUGUCGCGAUCGUUCCGAGACGCCGCCGACGUCGGCCUGAAGGACCUCGUGGGUGGGAGACGGGAGGCGAGCAGGUGGGAGGCGAGCAGGUGGGAGGACUGCGUGGCCGACGCCACCGAGGCCUUCGGGGAUGUCGCGGGGGCGCUCUUCGUCAAGGAUCGGUUCGAGGGCAAGGUCCAGGCCGAGGAGAUGAUGAUGGAGGUGAAGGAGGCCUUCGCGAGGAACCUGGUGACCUUGUCGUGGAUGGAAAAGAAGACCCGGCACGCCGCCGUGGUCAAGACCAACGCCACGACCUUCCUGAUCGGCCAUCCCGAUUUCAUCCUGGACUCCGCGAAACUGAGCGAGAUGUACGACGGCGUGAACCUGAAGCCAGACGCAUACUUGAGAAACGCCAUCCUCAUGAAGCAACGGGCGCUUCGAAACACCCUCGAAAACCUCAACAAACAAAUCGACCGCACCCAGUGGCACAUGCCUCCAUCGACAGUGAACGCCUACUACGCCCUGGAUUUGAACCAGGUGGUUAUCCCUGCCGGGAUACUGCAGCCUCCGUUCUUUUCGCCGGAUUCGCCAGCGGCCGCGAAUUACGGCGGAAUCGGCGUGGUCAUGGGGCACGAGCUCGCGCACGCGGUUCAAGGCCAGGGCCGGGAAUACGACAAGGACGGGAACAUGAACGCGUGGUGGAGCGACGCCGACGCGCGGCGAUUCGACAGGCGCGCCGAGUGCUUCGCCCGCGAAUUCGCGAAUUUCGGGGUCGACGGGACGCAGGCGCUGAAUGAGAACUUGGCGGAUAGCGGGGGACUGAAGGCGGCGUACGCGGCGUUCGACGCGUGGCUGUCGCGGCGACCGCGGCGGUCGCGGCGGUCGCGAGAUGGCUUCAAAUUCACUUCUCGGCAGAUGUUCUUCGUCGGAUACGCGCAGGCUCUGUGCUCGGUGGAGGCGGUGGAAGCACUUUUCGACAAGCAUUCGCCGAAGAGGAUUCGAGUCGUCGCGGCGCUGAAGAAUAGCGAUGACUUCCGCCGGGAAUUCAAUUGCCGAAGGGGAUCGCCGAUGAAUCCUUCCAGGAAGUGCAAGGAAGUUCCCAGUCGGCUGGGCCGACCCCGAGGACCAGUCGGCUGGGCCGACUCCGAGGAAGGGAGGAGGAUGCGCGCGUCCUUGUCCCCACACCACAGGGGAGUGGAUGUCUGGAGGCAUCCUGUGGAUGUCGGGUUUCAGGCCGUUUCUGGGAACGAUGGAUUGGUAAGCGUUCUCAGGCUCCUCCUCUGCGUCAUCACCCAAACCCCCAACCCCAACCCCAACCCCAACCCCAACCCCAACCCCAACCCCAACCCCGACCUUGCCCCAAAAAAGCGGAUUUUCGUCCCGAAUAUGCAACGAAAUCUGAAUGCACUUCCACAGGAAUGA